AUACUAGCCCGAUAUUUUUUUUAUUUAUGAAUUAUUUAUUUAUUAUUUUUUUUUUUGAAGAGGACACCCUGUUAAAAUUUUCUAGAUCCGCCACUGCUAACCACUAUACACGUUCCCUGAAAGUAGGAACAGAAAGGUGAGGGAGAGAAAAUGAAAUACAAAAUUCUUUUAUGUAAUCUCUCUAAUAUAUAAUACUAUAUUGUGCAGAGCAAAUGCAGAUUGCGAGAUGCAAAGCAGCAGCAGGUGAAAUGCUAAACUGGGAAGACAUCCAAAAGAUGAAAUACUCAUGGAACGUGGCCUGCGAAGUGCUAAGGCUCGUCCCUCCCUUGCAAGGCACGUUUAGGGAAGCCACGACCGACUUCGUCUUCAACGGCUUCUCCAUCCCCAAGGGCUGGAAGUUGUACUGGAGUGUACCGUCGACGCACAAAACGGAGAAGUACUUCCCCGAACCUGAAAAGUUCGAUCCCAGCAGAUUCGAAGGCCGCGGGCCUGCUCCGUACACGUUUGUCCCGUUCGGAGGAGGCCCGAGGAUGUGCCCCGGUAAGGAAUAUGCUCGGCUCGAGAUUCUGGUGUUCAUGCACAACUUGGUGAAGCGAUUCAAGUUCGACAAGUUGAUUCACGACGAGAAGAUCGUCGUGAAUCCGAUAGCCGUGCCGGCCAAUGGCCUCCCUGUUCGUCUAUUUCCUCACAAUGCUUAAUUAGAAUCCGAGAAAGAUGAUGACUUGUUGUUGAGGAUUUUAGAUCAAUUUUUUUUUUCUUUUCCAAAUUACAAUUGAUUCUCUAUUUCCUCACAAUGCUUAAUUGAUGGAAAUGGUUGUCGCCAAUGGAAAUAAUUUUUUUUUUACGACUAUUAGCGAAUGUUAUCGUAGAUAGGGCUACAAAUGAGCCGAACUGAGCCGAGUUUUACCUCAGUUUGAGCUUGACUCGUUAACAAAUGAGCUGAGCUCGAGCCCGAGCCAUUUAUUAACGAGCCGAGUCGAGUUCGACCUACGCUUGUUUACUAAAUUCUUAGAUCGUAUUUAAUACAUUCAUUUUGUAUGUCGAGUAUGGUACAUGUGAUUGAUGUAGCGAUAAAAAAAUAAUCAAAUGUUCAACAUUAAUUAAUCUUAUAUCAUAAUUUUUAGGUGUCAUAUUGUUUAGUUAAUAAAUUUUAACUAGUUCAAAUCAUGUUAUUUCAUAGUAUUGAAACAAUUUUGUACAUAAUUUCUUUAUAGAAUUAAAAAUAAGGCAUAUUUUCUUACAUGUUCAACAUGUUAAACUUCACAUGAUGUGAGAUAUAUAAUUUAACAAUCCUAUGAAUUAUGAAAGUCCAAAUUAGAUCGAUUAGUCCAUAAGUCAGUGAUCAAGUUGGCCCUCAAACCACAACGUUGAGACAUCUCAUGAGCUCUAAAUGAGCCAACUCACGAGUUGAGCUCAACAAGGCACCGAGUCGAGCUAGCUCGCGAGCUUCACGAGCUGAACAUAGCUAGGCUCAAGCUUGGCUCGUCAGUAAACGAACCGAGUUUCGAAUUGCUCGCGAGUAGCUUGACUCAUUUGCAGCCCUAAUCGUAGGUAACCCAAGGUUCACCGACCACUGACCCGACAUUGUUGUGGUGAAGGCUAAGGUUCAGCGACUACUAUGAAAAAAAUGCGUGUGAUUACCUUAAGAUUCAACGACCACUAGCCAAAUUAAUAGUCGUAGUUGAACCCUAAUAAUGUUUGGCGACCCACCACCUUAACAACAAAUUAAAUAGGGUUUACCAUGUUAUUGGAGUGUGAUUCAUGGUAUGUGAUUAUUAAGAACAAAAUUAAUGAGAUCUAAUCCAUUAAUAUAAAGACACGGCCCUAAUAUUUUGCCGUGGAGCUCGAACGAAACGUCAAUAAUUGUUUACGUAGACAGCCACAACGUUUUUCUUAACAUAAGACUAAUGCAAAAAAUGGUUACUAAUAACACUGAUUCGGUGUAAUUUCUUAGCACUUCUACUAUGCUAUAUAACAUUGAUGCUUUAAUGUACAAUUUAAAGUUGUACCAUAACAUUAAAUGUAUAAGUUUAGGUUGUACCAUAAAGGAAUUUAUAUCAUUAUGUUAUGGUACAACUUUACAACUUGAAGUUGUACCAUCACACAAGGUACAAGUUUAAAUUGUACCAUAAAAACCAUAAAAGAAUUUGUACAAAAAGUAUAAGUGCAAUAUGAAGUUAUACCAUAACGUUAAAGGUACAAUUUCAAGUUGUACCAUAAAGGCAAAAACCUAUAGCACCAAUGCUAUAUAGCAUUGUAAAAUUCCUCGUAAUUUCUCUUAGCAAACACUUCUGUGGGUGGGUCUGUAUUCUAUACAUAUAUUUUUUUUGGCAAGAAAUGUCUAUAUAUUUUUUGGGUCAAAAAUCAGGUUGGAUCAUGUGCUUAAGCCUAUGCUUAAGCAUUUGUUUAAGUCAUUUUUAUUGGCUAAUAGUGGAUUAGGUAGUUAAUGAGUGGUUGAUUGUUAAUAAGUAGUUAAGAAUAAAUAGGGUAUUAUGAA